UCACGCGGGGGCGCGCGCGCGCACUGGGAGCGCGCUCGGAGGCGAGUGGAACUGGAUCGGGUUUGCUGCCAGCGGCGUGAGCUUCGGCCGCCAUUUUACAACAGCUCCACUCGCGCCGGACACAGGGAGCAGCGAGCACGCGUUCCCCGCCACCCGACCCGGUCGGACAGGAUUCCUCGGCCGCAGCCCCGCGGGAGAUCUCUGGAAACAUGGCUACAGAACAUGUUAAUGGAAAUGGUACUGAAGAGCCCAUGGAUACUACUUCUGCAGUUAUCCAUUCAGAAAAUUUUCAGACAUUGCUUGAUGCUGGUUUACCACAGAAAGUUGCUGAAAAACUAGAUGAAAUUUACGUUGCAGGGCUAGUUGCACAUAGUGAUUUAGAUGAAAGAGCUAUCGAAGCUUUAAAAGAGUUCAAUGAAGACGGCGCAUUGGCAGUACUUCAACAGUUUAAAGACAGUGAUCUCUCUCAUGUGCAGAACAAAAGUGCCUUUUUAUGUGGAGUCAUGAAGACUUACAGGCAGAGAGAGAAGCAAGGGACCAAAGUAGCGGACUCCAGUAAAGGACCAGAUGAGUCGAAGAUUAAGCUUCAGGCUCUACCAACUACCUAAACUGUGCAUGUGCACCGAGUGUCUCUGAGGAGUCAGACCUUGCCCUGAGCCUAUUUGCAGAACGGGGUGAAGGCAUCCAUGGCUCUCAACCUGAGGUCACACAUUGUACCAGAUCUCUCUCGGGUCCUCUGACUGUCUCACCAGGUCCAGGGAGAAUAAGUACCAGAGUGAUAUAUCAGGGUGAGAAGGACUGAGUCUCUAGAAAGGAGGAAAAUUACAUUUCCCACAUUUAUGUUUGUUCCAGUUUGGUUUUUGGUGAAUAACAAACCACAGCCCAAAAGCAAAUAGGGGUUCUUACAGGUUCCAAUCCAAAUGAAAGGAAGACAGGGCUGGAACUCAAGACAGAAACCAGGAGGCUGGGCCUGAAGCAGCGACCACAGAGGACCGCUGCUUGUUCGCUUACUCCCAGGCUCACAUUCAGCUACUUUCUUUGCAUAGCUCCAGUCCUUCUGUCCAGGGACAGCAUCCCUCACAGUGGACAACUUGAUAGAUUAUAUAGGCAUGAGAAAGCCAAACCAGAAUUAAAAUCCAGAACUAUUCUGACUCCAAAAUAAACAGAUAAAUACUACUCACACUUUUUUUAAUUCACACAGAUGAAUACAACCAUCUGACAGAUCUGUUUAUCACAACAAAUAAAUUGAUGGUCAAUUUCA